GAAUUGUACUUUUGUUUCCUCGGGAGCAUGUUUUCAAGUGGCACAUCUGUUCCCAUGUGCAAGAAGCCAUGGCUGACGGGGACCUGAAGAACACGCUUGAAAGUUGUUUAAAGAUUUUAAAUAAUGACACUGCACACCCAGAGAAAUUUCUUAGUCUCCAGAAUGGCCUGGCGUCGGACUUCACCGCCCUCACAAAGACUCUGUAUGAUUUGCGCAAGGCACAUGAGCCAAAGGGUACAGUUGGCAGCCCUCUGGAGCAGCUAGUUGUUGAGAACUUUGACGAUGAGCAAGUCUGGCAGGAGCUGGAGCUUCAGAAUGCUGCGGUGCUUAAACACUUUAAUGUAGCAGUGAACCAGGCAGUCAGAGAUGAGACAAUAAUUCUGAAGGAGGAUGAAGAGGAGUAUGAGGAGGAAGAGGAAGAGACUGGAAAUAUUAACAAAUUAGAUGAUGAGCAGGAAGAAAUGAGUGAGGAAGAUGUGGAGGAUGAGGAAGAUGAGAAGGAAUCCAAGCCCUCAAAAUCUUCAAACGAGGCAGUGGAGAAAUUCACAGACGAAGACUCAGAUGUGGACUUUGAUGUGGAUGAACUGGAGAAGCGGACAAAGCAGCAGAAGCUGACUAAGCUCAAAGCUCAAAGGCAGGUUGGCCCUGGAUCAGAGGUGGAUGACCGGUUCUUCAGGCUCUCUGAGAUGGAGGCCUUCCUGGAAGAAGUGGAAAAGAGGGAGGGGAAGGACGAUGAUGGCGACAGUGAGGUUGAUUACUUCCAGGACUUGCCAUCAGGCGAGGAUGACGAGCUGGACCUGGAGGAAGAGCUGAUGCCGAAAAAACAGAAAAAGAUAAAGUUCCAGAAGAGUUCCAGAAACUUGAAGUACAAAGACUUCUUUGAUCCAGUGGAAGGAGGGUCGGCUCAGAGGGACCCUGAGGAGGAUGAAGAUUUGGGGUCUGAAAAAGAUGGAGAGAGUGAAGCUGGGAUGCAGGAUGAUGAUGAGGAGGAGGAGGAGGAUGAGGGGAGCCUGGAGGAAGAUGAGCUGGAAGAUGCUGAAGGGGAUGAGGAGAGCCCGCAAGCCAAGGGAGCCUUGAAGAAGGUGACCUUUGACCUGUCCGAUGAGAGUGAAGGAGAGGAGAUGGAGGACAUCCUUGGUGGAAAGCGUGCAGAGAUACCAGAGACCAAGUCCAGCUUUGAGAAAAGACAGGAAAAGAUGGCUGAGAAGAUCCAGCAGCUAGAGAAAACUGCUCUAGGGGAGAAACCAUGGCAGCUGAUGGGGGAGGUUUCCGCGCAGACGCGUCCAGAGAACAGCCUGCUGGCGGAGGACGUUCUGUUUGACCAGGCCGCUAGGACGGCCCCUGCUGUUACAGAAGAGACCACAUUAGCACUGGAAGAUAUUAUCAAACAACGAAUCCGGGACCAGGCAUGGGACGACGUGGUGCGCAAGGAGAAGCCUAAAGAGGAGGUGUUUGAGUACAAGAAGAGGCUGACCCUGGACCACGAGAAGAGCAAACUGAGUCUGGCAGAGGUGUAUGAACAGGAGUACCUCAAACAGACGCAGCAAAAGACAGAAGAGGAAGAAAACCCUGCCCAUGUGGAGAUUCAGAAGCUCAUGGAUUCUCUCUUCCUCAAGCUGGAUGCACUUUCAAACUUCCACUUCACACCCAAACCUCCUGUUCCUGAGGUGAAGGUCGUCUCCAAUCUGCCAUCCAUCACCAUGGAGGAGGUGGCUCCAGUCAGCGCCAGCAAUAGCACCCUGCUGGCCCCAGAGGAGAUCAAAGAAAAGAACCGGGCUGGAGACAUCCUGGGUGACUCUGAGAAGACGGCCACAGACAAAAAGCGUGAAAGGCGCAAGAAGAAGCUGACGAAGCGUCUGAAGCUCCAGGAGAAGGAGAGGAGGCAGAAACUGCGAGAGGCCAACAAAAUGGGGGAGAAGAAGAAGGCUACGAAAGCAGAGGUUGCAGAGAACCUCAAGAAGGUCACCAAAGGAGGAAAAGCUGUGGUACUGAAGGAUGAAGGGAAGGACAAGGCCCUUCGGUCCUCCCAGGCCUUCUUCACACAGCUGCAAGACCAAGUGAAGAGUCAGAUCAAAGGAGCCAAGGACCAGAGCGCCAAGAAGAAGAAACAGAAAGAAGUCUCUGCCGUCAAACUGAAAUUAUAACAUUAAAAUGGUGUUAUAUAUUGCUUGUACAGACUUUAUAAAUGGUGUAUUUACCUUUGUGUGCCAAUGGUUGUUAUUUUCAAUAAAAUGAGUCGGUUCAGA